AUGCCUCGUAAGAUUUUUAUCAAUGACCUUCAAGCGGUCAUUGCAGAAGCCAAGGUCCCGCAAAUAUCCCAUGUCCAACUUGGGGACGAAGAUGGAUCGUUCAAUUUUGUUUAUCAUAUGGCCUGCAAUCAUCAUAGCAUAGACCUAUCUAUCCAUGUCUUAAUACCAGAUGUUUCCGAAUAUCCCUACGGGCAUCAAUGCCUCCUCUAUACGACCUCUGACUAUGUGCCAAAGAAUAUUGCGCAAGCCAUUGAAGCGCUGCGUUUCGUCAACAGCCCCCGAAUUUCUGAACUCUUGCAUAGAGUUGUGAAGAUCUUGGACCUGAAAGCCGAGCUUCAUGCUCUCGAAACAUCAUUUACGACUGGUAACAACGAGCCUGCAACAACCGCAAGAGAUGAUUCAUUUUCUAGUCCCCACGAAGAAAUGGAAGAGAACGAGUGGUCUGAUGACCUUUCCGCGGAGCCUUGGUCACCAAUCUCCCCACGUCUCUUCCCAGUAAAUGCAGAAGAUGCGGGGGGAAAUUCUCUUUCGAUUCUCAGUCAAAAGAAUCAUCGUCUACCCGGAGCUGGUCUACGCGCAAUUAGUGAUCUGCGGUUGACCAAAGAGGCAGGGUUUAGGAUAGGAUUUUUUGGCGAUCUGGAAAAUGCAAAUGAUUCCAAUCUAUAUUUGACGGUAUCACUCCGUAUCAAGAAACUCGAGAUUUCAGACGAAGUUUUACGAGCGUGGGGCCUUGAGGACAACAAAUACCUGGUAUUGAUGAUGAAUUAUUCUUCAAAGUACCAAACCCUGGAUAGUCUGCUGAAAGACCUUGGUAAUAAGAGAUCAGACAACUUGGAUAUGCGUGUUGGGAUUUGUAGGAAUUAUAAGCCGACUUUCACCGAGAUGAAAAAGGUGUUCACUCAGCACGUCCGGAAUCUCUCACCCACUACAAGGUUACUGGCUGAUGUCCAAGGCAGGUCAAUCAUAGAGGGUUCUGGCAAAGGGACACUUGAGUCAAAUGAAUCGGCAAAUUGUUUGGAAAGGAUCUUUAUUGAAGGUCCAUUAAAUGAACUUUUGAACACUUGGCUCCUAUCACUCAUCACCGUGAGGAUGCGUCAUUCGAUGAGCUGGAGAGCCGCUGAAGCUUAUUUCUACGACUGCCAACAGCGUGGGGUCAGCUCGAAUGUUGACUCCAGCAACCCCAGCGAUUACUUCAAGUACGAAGACGAUCAAAAUCGUUUCCCUAAAAUUGCGGCUGCGGAUCAUUUACGGGAAGCAAGUUCGGGAUAUUCAUUUCCUCUGAUCGCCAUGCAAUUCUUACUGCGUCACUUGCUCCGAUGUCCCGAAUUCUGUCUAGUAUGUCACUGCAGAAUGGAGUCUCAAUUGGAAGCGUUGAAACCCUACGUCUGCUCUAAAGGUCUGUGCCUAUAUCAAUACAUGACACUGGGGUUCGGACCCAGCAUCGAGUUUGAAAUUGCUUCCUCGCCAAACGUGGCCGAUCUGUUGAUAAGCUUCUGCUACGUCAGUGCCAGUCUCAAUCGACUUGAUGAUUUUCCAAACGGCAUGAACUUGAUGGUCCCAAAUCUGGAGGCAUUCAGCUCAAAUUCGAUAAAUUUGACCAGGUAUAAUAGUCACAAGGCUCGAUUUGAUCGAAAGUUGGCUCGAAUAACCUUCACUGCAGCAACGGCACAUCCUUUUCCACUAAAGCCUGGAGAUUGGAUACUUGUUGUCGUAACGGAUUCAAGCUGGGUCGGGCCAAUGUAUCACUGCCGGGUCUCUGAGAUUUCGUCAUUUCCUUUGAUUCAUCUAUCCGGGGACAUGUACGAGAGCACUUCAAACGAAAAGAUAUCCGGCCUUUUCUCCCGGGCAUCAAAAACCAGUCAAACGGGGAAAAAGAAGGGAAGCACUGUCGUCGAGGAAGAUUUUGAUUGUUUGGUACUACCCUACGAUUACAGCUUCGAUAAACUCAAGCCACAAUCGAAAAAAGAGAUGAUCCCGUAUCUCCUGGAUACUCUUCCGAGCAUAAAGGAGAUGAGCAAGUAUCUCUCACAGAACCCAGGUCGUUCUCUGCGUCAAUGGCAUGAACGCAUAUCUCCUGCAGCGAUGGGCGUUUUACGAUGGAUAAUAGCUUCCAAUCGUUCAUGUAUAGUGGAAGUGACUAAGCUGGAUAGCAACGGUCAAAUCACACCUGGCUCUCAUCCUGAGCAGCAAGUGAGAGGGAUGGAAAGCUGGAUGCAGUUUCGAUUCGCACAAGGUGCGCCUGAUAAAGAAGCGCGAUUCCAGGAUUCUGUGCAGAACGCAACGAAACGGCUUGGUCUCACAUACCCGACAAUCUUUGCUUGGCAUGGAAGCAGGUUGGCGAAUUGGCAUAGCAUCGUCCGGAAGGGUCUCAAUUUUAACGAGACUGUAAACGGGAGAGCGUUUGGUCAUGGCGUCUACCAUUCGCUCUUCUAUAACAUAAGCAUCAGCUACUCGACCGUACAAUCAUCGAAUAUAACUUGGCCACAAAGCUUCCUAAAGGUCAAGACUGCAAUCUGUCUAAAUGAGAUUGUCAAUGCUCCCAAAGAGUUUGUCAGUUCUAAACCUCACUUGGUAGUCUCUCAAUUGGACUGGAUUCAGACCAGAUUUCUCUUUGUCAAAUGCGAUGAUGCUCAGACCCCUCCCACGCCGCCGCUUCUACCCCCACAUCUCAAGCAUAUAUUGGAGCAGGAUCCAAGCAAGCAUGCAUUCGGCGAGACAGGUCUCAUCCUGAUUCCGUUUGCAGCGGUCAAAAAAACGCGUAGGUUUCUGCCAAACUCUGUUAAAAAGGGGAAUAAAAAAGUAAAACUUUCUCAUCGGCCCGCCAAAGCCAAUGCCAACCAGGCCCAUACCGAAGAACAAAACAAGGAGAACAUCAACGACAGAGGAUUCGACGACUCGUCAAGCGUCGCGUCCGAUCCAGAAGAUCUAAAUAUUCUCCAACUCGAUGACUUUAGUACCGACCAGUCUCCGGACAAGGAAGAUAUUUCUGAUCUGACAGAGUUUACGCCCGGGCAACUCGAUGCCACAACACUGCCCUUGCUCGGACCUCCACGAUACGCCACGCCAAUUGCCACAAAGGCUCUCCAGCGCGAGCUUCAAGCCAUAUUGAAAAUCCAGAACAAUGAGCCGCAGCAUCGGCGCGGCUGGUCUCUUGAUCCCCAGCUCGUGCAGAAUGUCUAUCAAUGGAUCAUUGAGCUUCAUUCGUUUGACCUGAGCCUUCCUUUGGCCAAGGACAUGAAACAAAGGGGUGUCUCGAGCAUCGUUCUUGAAAUGCGCUUCGGUCCAGGCUAUCCGAUGAGCCCGCCGUUUGUCCGGGUCAUUCGCCCUCGCUUUUUGCCCUUUAUGUCCGGAGGUGGAGGACAUGUCACUGCCGGCGGAGCAUUAUGCAUGGAGCUCCUCACCAAUACCGGCUGGAGCGCCGUCUCCUCGAUCGAGUCGGUCAUUGUCCAAGUCCGCGUGGCGAUUUCCAGCCUCGAGCCCCGUCCCGCCAGACUCGAGGCCGGUCCCGUCAAAGACUAUAACAUUAAUGAGGCCGCCUCGGCGUAUAUUCGCGCCUGUCAGACGCAUGGAUGGGAGGUGCCCAAGGAAUUCAAUCAGUUGGUUAGCGGAAUUUGAUUACAUUCUUGUUUUCAUAUUGGUGCCAUUUUGACUGUCUCUUUCUUGCCGGUAUCAUCUAUCUCCUCUCUUUUCCCUGGCACCAUUUUAAUUGUCUUUUUCCCGGUAUCAUCUUUCUUGUCUCUUUCUUCACCGGUAUCAUGUACUGUCUUUCUUCUGGUACCAUUUCCCUUGAAAAUUUGUUAUCAAGGAAGCGAUUGACGUCUUCUUGUUCGGCGUCAGCGUGGCAUCUGCACCGCA